AUGUCUCGUAAACAUCUUAUUGAUUCAUUAGCUGAAAUGGGCAUAUUAAUUCUAACUGGUAUAACAACUGAUGUAUUACGUCUGUUAUAUGAAACUAAUAUUAUCGAUGAACAAAAGAAAAAGAAGAAUAAACUUACAAUUGCAUCAGCAAUGACUAAAGCUCAUCAUAAUCAACAUGCUGCAUCGGCUGAUGAUUCUUCGGAUGAUGAUACACAUCAAAUUGAUGAUGUUAAUAUUAAUUAUAACAAAAUGACUUAA